AUGUACUUUAUGUGCAUGUAUGCAUUCAAAUCUUACACUCUGAAGCAAUUGAGAUCAUGGGACGCCACCUCUAUCUCUUUAACGGCUGGCUGUGAUCUGUUUAUGCGAUAUGUAACAAGAACUUCAGCUUUGGAACAUGAGGACUUCAAUUCAGCAAAGUCCCGCCUUCUUGAACGUGCAGAGAGGUUUGGUGAGAUAUCGUACAAGGCUCGCAAGAUAAUUGCAAUGCUCAGUCAAGAAUUUAUUUUUGAUGGCUGUACAAUUCUGGUACAUGGUUUCUCUCGUGUGGUGUUGGAAGUUUUGAGGACAGCAGCACAAAAUAGGAAACUUUUUCGAGUUCUCUGCACAGAGGGAAGACCAGACAGGACAGGGUUAAGACUGUCCAAUGAGCUGGCCAAGCUUGAUGUUCCUGUUAAGCUCUUGAUAGACUCUGCGGUGGCAUAUAGCAUGGAUGAAGUUGACAUGGUGUUUGUCGGAGCAGAUGGAGUGGUGGAAAGCGGAGGUAUAAUAAAUAUGAUGGGGACUUACCAAAUUGCAUUGGUUGCUAAGAGCAUGAAUAAACCAGUUUAUGUUGCUGCUGAAAGCUACAAGUUUGCUCGUCUCUAUCCAUUGGACCAAAAGGACAUGGUUCCGGCCUUGCAUCCAAUUGAUUUUGGGGUACCGAUUCCAUCCAAGGUUGAGGUUGAGACAUCUGCCCGGGAUUAUACACCUCCUCAGUAUCUUACCUUCCUUUUCACGGAUUUGGGUGUUCUGUCACCAUCUGUAGUAAGCGACGAGCUCAUCCAGCUUUACUUAUGACGUAUUUAGUUGGCAUUGCAGCGACUUGAAUCCUUGAUUUGCACAGACAUGUUUGCUUUGCAAUUUAGUGAUUGUGGCCUACUUUUCUAUAUAUGCAUGUGAGUGCACUUGCAGAAGUUUGUAUC